AUGCCCGAAGCAUGCCGAGUCGCGCCAUUGUCAAAGCAUCGUUCGAUCUCGGCUUUCGGGCUUUCGACGCUUCGCCAUAUUACGGUCCUUCAGAAGAGCUCCUGGGCGACGCACUCUCCUGAUAUCGUCAAUCGCCAUCCUCGCGACGAGUACCCAUUGAUGACAAAGGUUGGUUGGAUCGGCACAGACGAAUUCAAUUACUCGCCGUCAUGGAUUGAUCACUCGGUCCGCAGGUCGCUCAGCAGGUUGCAAACCUCGUUCAUCGACGUUGUCAUCUGUGAUGAUAUUGAGCUCGCCCGGGAGGAAGAAGCCUUGGCUGCCGUUGGACUACUCCCGAACUCCGCGCGCAAGGUCUAA